AUGGCAAAGAUAUCUAUGACGACACACUUACUAGUGUUGUUUCUUGCUGUGGUGGUCCUCACCACUCUUUCCGGUGCUACUAAUCAAUAUGAGCAUGAGCCACCGGCUAUAGUUAAGAAGCCUCCUCUUAAUCCUCCUCCAAUCGUGAAGCCACCCUCAGAACACAAGCCACCAACUCCAAUUUAUAAGCCUCCUCCGGUCGUGAAGCCACCCUCAGAAUACAAGCCACCAACUCCAAUUUAUAAGCCUCCUCCCAUCGUGAAGCCACCCCCAGAACAAAAGCCUCCGACCCCAGUUUAUCAUAAGCCUCCUCCCAUCGUGAAGCCACCCCCAGAACAAAAGCCUCCGACCCCAGUUUAUCAUAAGCCUCCUCCCAUCGUGAAGCCACCCCCCGAGCACAAGCCACCAACCCCAGUGCAGCCAAAACCAGAACACAAACCACCCACUCUUCCUCCCAUUGUAGAGGCACCGCCAAAGCACUUCCCAUCGCCACCUUAUGGUCACUAUCCAGGACACCCUCCAGUCGAGAAGGGUGAAGACCCCCACAAACCACCCCGGAAGGUUCUGCCUCCUCCAGCACCUUACAAGAAGCCACCUACCAAUGCCUAA